CCCCUUCCCAAGCUAGACUUGAUCAACGUCGCGCAUGAUUUACGAUUGGCAAACUGGCCUAGCCUAUAGGAUAUAAGUACUAGUGUUGGUGACGGGAAAAGUGUAUAAAACGUAUCUGUAGCAUAGGAUCCCGUUAGUAGGAUUGGUACCUACAAUAACGUUCAGGAGAAACGAAAUGAACAGUGGAAACAGCUCUCACUGAAGAUUGAAAGUUACCGUAAUAAUAUAUAACAAUGGAGAUCGAUACGAAAGUAUUUGAGGAAGAAGAUUUGUUAGACCCUGAAGAGAGGGAGGAAGAACAAAAAUGGGCGGAAGAGUUCCGAAAGCGUCAGGAAGAAAUGUCCCGACAACGCCGAAAGUAUGAGGAGAGGAGAAAAAUCGCCGAAAAGAAGAUCAGUGAACUCAGCUACCGCUGGAAGAAUUUAGAGGCACGGAGAGGACAACGGGUCCACCAAUACUUAGAAAGAAUGGCAACAAUGGUAGCUGAAAGUAGAACUCCGAGGGGUAUGGAAAGGCGAGAACAUACAGUCACGUGAUCUUAACAGCCGUCAUUUGUAUUAUCACGUGACGCUGAGUGAUAUAAACGGAAGACGAAUAAGUGGUGAUAUGUUUUUCUUUGUGAGACGUUAUUGGUGCAAUACUUAUCUAUCGUAUCAUUGUAUUCAUGGACCAUGUUUGUGCUUCCUCUACACCCCCACUGAGGGCACACUGUAACACACGUCAUAUUACAAGUGGUCAUUGACUUGGACUGUCCAGCCAACAGUGUCCAGCACUAGUGUGACUUCAUUUGAUUGAUACUCUGGGCUUCCAAAGAACAAUGGAGAGUGAUCAAAUUGGUCUAUUGUACUGAUCUGACUGGCCGUCAACUGAUGAUAUCCCUAAGGGCCGACAUGUCUUCCCUUCCAUUGCUGGUACGCAGCUGUGUAUGAAAUAUACCCGUGACAGAGAAACCAAGGACUGACAACAAUGCGUCACUAUAAUUAACGCAUGAUCACGUCCCUGUCAAACAAACGGAACAAAAGUCAACGACAAUUGUUAUUUAUAAUAAAUUAUAUAUCAACAUAUUGCUGACGACUUGAAU